AUGUUGAAGGCAUUGGCGUCGACAUGUCUCCGUCCCCGUUCCCACGUCGGAGCGACGCCGUUUAGGUCCCACCUCCGCCUUGCUCCCCAAUCCAAAACUCCAUUCCUUGACUUUCUCGGCUCGCUUAGGGAUCCCAGUUCGAGGUCUGGAGGAGGCACUUAUAUUUUCCGGCGGUUUUUCUGCUCGGACGGUUCUGAAAAGUCGGACCCUCCUGCCGAAUCCGCGGAAGAAGCUACGAUUGAAGAGGGAGCAGCGGAAGAAAAACCUGCCGCUAAAGGCCCUUAUGUUUUCCGGCGGUUUUUCUCCUCGGACGCUUCUGAAAAGCCCGACCCUCCUGCCGAAUCCGGGGAAAAAGCCACCAUUGCAGAGGGAGCAGCGGAAGAAAAAUCCGCCGCGAUGGUUCCCACUGUCUUCAGACCUGAAGAUUGCCUAACGGUUAUAGCAUUGCCUUUGCCUCAUAAACCCUUAUUUCCAGGAUUUUAUAUGCCAAUUUAUGUGAAGGAUCCCAAAUUGUUAGCAGCUCUUGUUGAAAGUCGAAAACGGCAGGCCCCUUAUGCUGGUGCUUUUCUUCUUAAAGAAGAAAAUGACCCUGCAGUGCUUUCUGGGUCUGAGACAGAGAAAAGCAUUCACGAGUUUAAAGGAAAAGAAUUGUACAACCGUCUUCAUGAUGUAGGGGUGCUGGCGCAGAUUACAACUAUCCAAGGAGACCAGGUUGUUGUGAUUGGUCACAGACGCAUUCGGUUAAGUGAGAUGGUAGAGGAGGAUCCCCUUACUGUGAAAAUUGAGCAUCUGAAGUCAAAUCCUUACGACAAGGAAGACGAUAUUAUUAAAGCAACAACAUUUGAAGUUAUUUCAACAUUGAGAGACGUCCUGAAAGUGAGUUCCCUUUGGAGGGAUCAUGUUCAAACCUAUACACAGCAUAUAGGUGACUUUGACAGUCCUAGGUUAGCCGACUUUGGAGCUGCUAUAUCUGGUGCUGAUAAAUCCCAUCUCCAAAAAGUACUUGAAGAGCUAGACGUGUUGAAACGGCUCAAUCUUACAUUGGAACUGUUGAAGAAAGAAAUAGAGAUCAGUAAAAUCCAGGAAUCCAUUGCGAAAGCAAUUGAGGAUAAAAUAAGUGGGGAACAACGACGCUAUUUGUUAAAUGAGCAGCUCAAGGCCAUAAAGAAGGAACUUGGACUAGAAACUGAUGACAAAACUGCCCUUUCUGGGAAAUUUAGGGAAAGACUUGAGUCGAAGAGGGAUAAAUGCCCACCUCAUGUCUUGCAAGUUAUUGAAGAGGAACUUACAAAACUGCAGUUGUUGGAGGCUAGUUCGAGUGAAUUUAAUGUGACACGUAAUUAUUUGGACUGGCUAACUGCUUUGCCUUGGGGAAUUUACAGUGAUGAGAACUUUAAUGUGAUACGGGCUCAGAAAAUUCUUGAUGAGGACCAUUAUGGUUUAACUGAUGUCAAAGAGAGAAUAUUGGAAUUUAUUGCGGUGGGAAAACUCAGAGGAACCUCUCAAGGAAAAAUCAUCUGCCUCUCGGGUCCUCCAGGAGUUGGCAAAACCAGUAUUGGCCGUUCUAUUGCACGUGCUUUGAACCGUAAGUUCUAUAGGUUCUCAGUUGGGGGCUUGUCUGAUGUUGCUGAAAUUAAGGGGCAUCGCCGUACAUAUAUUGGUGCCAUGCCUGGAAAAAUGGUGCAAUGUCUGAAAAAUGUGGAAACAGCAAAUCCUCUUGUUCUAAUUGAUGAGAUUGAUAAGUUGGGAAAGGGGCAUGCAGGUGAUCCAGCAAGUGCUAUGUUGGAGCUCCUUGAUCCUGAGCAGAAUGCAAAUUUUCUAGAUCAUUACCUUGAUGUUCCGAUUGAUUUGUCAAAGGUUUUAUUUGUUUGUACAGCAAAUGUCAUAGAAACCAUACCCAAUCCCCUAUUGGAUAGAAUGGAGAUCAUUUCCAUUGCUGGGUAUAUAACCGAUGAGAAAAUGCAUAUUGCUAGAGACUACUUGGAGAGAAGUACACGUGAAACCUGUGGCAUCAAACCAGAAGAGGUUGAGGUGACUGAUUCUGCUCUUCUCGCUUUAAUUGAAAAUUACUGUAGAGAAGCUGGAGUUAGGAAUCUUCAAAAGCAGAUUGAGAAGAUUUAUCGUAAGAUUGCUCUGCAACUUGUACGGGAAAGAUCAGAGGAUGAUCAUUCCGCCGCAGAAACUGAGGAUGCUGAGAUCAUUGAAGAAUCUGUAACUGACUGUGGCGCUGAUAAGGCACAAACAUCUUCUGUAGAUGCUGAAGUAUCAAUUGAUUCCCUACCAGAACAAACAGACAGCUCCGCCGAGCAUGGAAAACUAGAGGUUACUGCAGAAAGUGAGAAGAUCCAGAGUAAUGAGCUCGCAGCAGUUAAUAAAGUAGUGGUCGACACACCAAAUUUGGUUGAUUAUGUUGGUAAACCCGUUUUCCAUGCUGAGCGCAUUUACGAGCAGACACCGAUUGGGGUUGUUAUGGGUCUUGCUUGGACGGCUAUGGGUGGAUCGACAUUAUAUAUUGAAACCACUAUUGUUGAGCAAGGUGAAGGGAAAGGUGGGCUUCACGCUACUGGACAACUUGGAGAUGUCAUGAAAGAAAGUUCCCAGAUUGCUCACACACUUGCCAGGGCUGUAUUGCUUGAAAAGGAUCCUUCUAACCAGUUUUUCUCAAACACCAAGCUUCACCUUCAUGUUCCUGCUGGCGCUACCCCCAAGGAUGGUCCUAGUGCUGGUUGCACCAUGAUGACAUCCUUGUUAUCUCUUGCCAUGAAUAAACCUGUCAGGAAGGACCUAGCAAUGACCGGAGAAGUAACAUUAACAGGGAGGAUCCUCCCGAUUGGUGGGGUCAAAGAGAAGACCAUUGCUGCAAGGCGGAGUGAAGUGAAGACGAUUAUAUUCCCUUCAGCGAACCGCAGAGAUUUUGAUGAGCUUUCAGAUAAGGUGAAGGAAGGCUUGGAUGUCCACUUCGUAGAUAAUUACAGUGAAAUAUUUGACUUGGCGUUUGGUGAUACUAAGAAGAAAGAAGAAUAA